AUGGUGGUGGUUGUUGUGGUGGUAGUGGUUGUGCUGAUAGUGGUGAUUGUGGUGGUCGUGGUGGCAGUUAUAGUGCGGGUCAUGGUGGUGGUGUCCAUAACGGUGGUGGUGGUGGUGAAAGUGGAUGUUGGUGGUGAUGGUAGUAGUGGUGGUGAUUGUCGUGGUAGUAGUGAUGGUGGCGAUGGUAGUUGUAGUGCUGGUAGCCGACAUGGGGGUCGUGGCGGUAGUUGUUGGGUUGGUGGUAAUGGUGGUGGUGGUUGUGGUGCUGGUGCUAGUGGAUGUCCUAGUGAUGGCCGUUGUGGUGGUGGUGUAGUGGCGGUAGUGGUGGUGGUGGUCACAGUGGUGGUGGUUGCGGUUAUGGUAGUGGUGGUGGUGACCGUGGUAGUGAUUGUGGUAGUUGUGUUGAUGGUGGUGGUGGUCGUGGUGGUGGUGGUGGCCAUGGUGGUUUCUACUUUAGUGUUUAAGGAUGGUAAUGGUUGUGGUUGUGGUGGUGAGGGUGAUGGUGGUGGUCGUGGUGGCAGUUAUAGUGGUGGUCAUGGUGGUGGUGUCCAUAACGGUGGUGGUGGUGGUGGCGGUAGUGGUGGUGGUGGUCGUGAUGGUGCUGGUUGUGGUAGUAGCGGUGGUGGUUGUCAUGCUGGUAGCCGACAUGGGGGUGAUGUCCGUGGUGGUGGUGGUGGUGGUGGUGGUUGUGCUGGUCAUUGUGGUGGUGGUGGCGGUGGUGGCCAUGGCAUUGUUUGUGGUAGCCAUAGCGGUGGUGGCGGUGGAUGUGGUUGUUUAGUGGUGGUGAGGGAUGUGGAGGGUGUGGUGGUGGGGUGUGAUGAUGGUGGUGGUUGUAGAGGUCGUAGUUGUGGUUGUGGUGGUGGUGGUUGUGGUGCUGGCCUUGGUGGCCUUGGUGGUGGCGUUGGUGGUGCUGCCCGUAGUGGGGUGGUGGGGAUGUGGGUGGUGGCUGUGGUGGUGGUGAUGGUGGGGGUGAAGGUUGUGAUUGUGGUGGUCAUAGUGGUCGUGUGGUGGUGCGGCCGUGAUGGUGUUGGUUAUGGUGGUGGCAGUGGUUGUAGUGAUGGUAGUCGACAUAGGUGUCGUGUCGGUGGUGGUGGUGGUGGUGGUGGUGGUGGUUGUGGGGUUGGUGGCUGUGGUGGUGGUGCUGCUGCUGCUGAUGUUGGUGAUGGUCGUGGUGGGGGUGUGGUGGUGGUUUUGGUUGUGGGGGUGGUUGUGGUGGUGGUGAUGUUGGGCAUGGUGGUCGUUGUGGUGGUGGUGGUGGCCAUUGCGGUGGUUAUGGUAGCCAUGGUGGUGGUGGUGGUGGCUGAGGUUGUUUAUGGUGGUGGCCAUAGUGGUGGUGACCGUGGGGGUGAUUAUGGUAGUUAUGGUGAUGGUGGUGGUGGUUGUGGUGCUUGUGGUUGUACUGGUGGUGGUUGUGGUUUUGGUGGUGGCGUUGGUGGUGGCGGUGGUGGUCAUGGGGUGGGGAUGAUAGUUCAGGGCGGUGGCUGUGGUGGUUGUGGUGAUGGUGGUGAUGGUGGAGGUCGUGGCAGCGGUUGUGGGGGUGGUCAGAGUGGUGGUGUCCACCGCGAUGGUGGUGGUGGUGGUGGCGUUGGUCGUGGCGGGGAUGGUGGUGGUUGUGGUAAUGGUGGUGGUGAUUGUCAUGGUAGUGGUUGUGGUUGCCGUGAUGGUGGUGGUUGUAGUGAUGGUAGCCGACAUGGGGGUCCUGGCUGUGGUCGUGUUGUUGGUGGUUGUGGUGGUGGUGAUGGUGGUGCUGGUGAUGACCGUGGUGGUGCGGUAGCCGUGGUGCUGGUAGUGGUGGUGGUUGUGGUUGUGGUGUUGGUGGUGUUGGCCGUGGUGGUCGUUGUGGUGGUAGUGGUGGUGGUCGUGGUGGCCGUGGUUUUUUAG